CAGUGAUGUAAGCGUCACCAGAUUCAGACUCUGUCAUGCACAUUCUGCUUCCUGAUCCCAGCACCAUAGAAAUAUUGUGUCCUUUUCGGAAAGCAUGCAACCAAAGCCAUGAGUACAAAUAAACAGUGGGAUGUUAACAAAGCGCUGGCUGUUGCCAGCCUCUUCCAUUUUCUUUCCAGUGCAGGAAAUGCCUGUGUGAUUCCAUUUUUAACUCUUUACUUCCGGCAGCUGGGGCUGACUGCCCCUUUAGUAGGUAUUAUCAUUGGAAUUAAGCACUUAAUAUCAUCUCUCUGGGCUCCACUAUGCUCCUACUUUGCAAAGAGCCACAGGAAAAGGAAAGUUCUCAUUACUGGAUCAUUGCUGUGUUCAGUGGGAACCGGUUUGCUGCUUACACUUGUCCCACCUUUGAGCAAGAAUGUCAUGUACAAAUAUUGUAAUAUAAGCCAGCAAUCAAGUAGCUUAUUGAAUUCAGUCGAGAUGCCUGACGUGAGUCUGAACAAUCUGAGUACUGUAAAUCCCAGUACAGUUACCAAUAAAGAAAUGGUGUCUGCAGAAACACUAAGAACAGCUACAGAUAUUUCAGUGAUGAGUGGAAAGCCACCGCUAACAAGUUCAGCUUUCCAAGAGUUGUUUACCUUUACAGAUGCACAGAAAAAGAAUGGUAAAAUAACUGAUGAAGUGGGUAUAACUGCAGACCAUUACAAUAAGAGGCCUUCUGGGAAGAUAGCCUCUUCUAUGAAUGCAAUUAACGAGAUGAUACAAGAACUUGAGACACUCACUUCAAAUGAAACACCAAUCCAUAGGCUUGAGAAGGAAACCAAAACUCCAGAGGUUGGGCUGCUGAAUGUGAAUAGUAAUCCUGAGAAAAACCUUUCUCUUGGUGGAAGUACUGAAUUUUCUUUACUUCAAACAAACCCUCACCCUGCUGGUCAAGCUGUUUAUGUUUUUGAAAAUCUGUCGAGUCACUGGGAAAAAAUUCAGGAUGUCAACUUUGAGCUCCUACAAGAUAUUAACUUUCUGGACCGUGAGCACCAGAUUUUUCUCAUGGUGCUAGGUGCUGUUGUGUUUUGGGAGCUGUUGGCUGCACCUCUCGAAUGGAUGGUUGAUGACAGUCUUUAUGAAUAUCUUGACUUUGUUGAUGCAACUGACCGAUAUGGGAAGCUUUGGAUUUGGAGUUAUUUGGGUGCAUCUGGAGGAGCCUGUGGUAUCACCAUAUUUGUAGAUCAGUUGAACUGCUUCCUCAGUGCUAAAAUCUCUCGUCUCGCUGUGCACUUCUAUGGCUAUGCUGUACUGAUCACACUCACAUUGCUCAUCAGUGUCUUUCUUCCUAUCCAUGUUUCCAAGAAAACAGAACAUGUGAACAAAACUGUCAAAGCUCUGAACCUCAUUGGAAGUGAUGGCCGAACAAUUCUCUCUGCUGUCACCGUCUUCCUUACAGGAGUCAUUGGAUCUACUGUGCAGAAUUUUCUCUUCUGGCAAAUGCAGGACAAAGGCAGCAGUGAAUUAUUCAUGGGUGUCUCAGUGGCUGUUGGACUGAUUGCUGAAAUUGUGCUUUAUGUGUUUAAAAGCAAGUUACUAAGGGCUCUCUCAAGUAGUGGUACUGUUGCACUGAGUUUAAGCUGCCUUUCAGCACAGCUUCUGUACUAUUCGUUCCUAUGGAAUGCGUGGUCAGUACUGCCUAUUCAGAUGUUGUGUGCCUUCAGCAAUGGUGCCUUAUGGUGGGCAGUUAAUAUGUUGGUUGACGAUGUAGCCAGUCCUGGGACAGAGAGAGCUCUGCACAUCGUCCUUCAGGGCCUCUCAUAUGGUUGUGGAGCUAGCCUGGGAAGCUUUGCAGGCGGAUUUGUUGUGAGCCACUUUGGCUUGGCAGUUCUGUACAGGGCAUGCUCUAUAAGUUUGGCACUGUGGUUAAUCUUGUUCCUGAUUGUCCAGUCUAAGUUGCCUCGGCAGAAAAAAAUUAAUUAUUCUCGUCUCCUGGCUGCAGAUCCUAGUGAUGAGAGUGACUCUGACGAGGAGAAGGAAAGGGACUGGCUAGUGAAAGCUAUGAAAGAUGAGAACUUCAGUAGGAAUUGGUAACAUAAUCAUAUUUGAUCAGCUGUUCUGCAGUAGAACAAAUUCAGAGUACAAAGGUGAAAUUAUUAGGCAGGAGGGAAAGAAUUGCCCAGGAAUGACUAAUAAUUCCUAAGUGAUGGAAUAGACCGUGUACAUAUUUGCUUGGAAAGCUGUGUAUCAAGACCAUGUUUUAUAAAUUUUAUUUUCUUAAGAUUAAUUUAUAGUAAAUAUUUGUAGCAUUUUUUAACUUAAUCAUUACGUUUCCCAAAUCCAUGUGGAAGGCCUUUUGAGAUGUGCGUUUGCUAAAAUAAUUGCAAUUUAGUUUUUAAUCCAAAGGCAGAAUUUGGAUGCACGUUUUUCAGAGCUAUAGCUGCUGACAGUGGGAGCUGUAUCUUAGCACAGUCUAAUCAAUUUUUAAAUAUUUACAGUGCACUAAAGUCAGUAAGAAACCAUCCCUCCCAGGCUUAGUUUUCAACAAAUAAGGAUUAUUAAUGAAAGAAACACCCUGUUGGCUUUAGUUUGACCUCUAAAAUCAGUCUUGCUGUAGGCUUGGUCAGCAGUGAAAAAUUAUAUUGGCAUAGCUACGUCGGUCAGGGGUGUGAAAAAACAGCUCUGGUGACACAACCCCUGGUGUGGAUGCAGCUAUGUCACCAGAAGUGCUUCUGUUGAUCUAGCUAAUAUAUUUGGGGAAGUGCUGUCCCUACAUGGACAGAAAAACCCCUUUUGUUGGCGUAGGCGGCAUCUACGUUAGGAGGCUGUGCCGGCAUAACGUCCAUAAUGUAGACACAGCCAUAGACUGCACAUGUUUAUGAUGGCAGUCUAGUCUAGUGGAUAGAGCACUAGAUGAUCUCAGAAGACUUGGCUUCCUCUGCCACUGGCCUGCUGGGUGACUUUGGACAAGUCACUUUCCCUUCCUGCACCUCAGUUUUCCCCAUCCAUAAAUGAUAUUUUGUAAAGGGCUUUGAAGUCUAUGGAUUAAAACCCCUAUAAGAGCUAGGUAUUUAUGGUGGUUGUUUAGCUAGGGGUAUAAUUGUUUAGGUGACUCUGAAGACAAUGUUGACAAAUAACUAGGCUUCCUUAUAAUCAAUAUUUUUAAAAGGGUGGCUGGAGUAUACCCCCAAAUGUUGGCUCACUGAAUUCAACAAAGCAUCAUGUGGCUUAUCUUUGACAUAGUGCGUCCUUGAGCCUCUGAGGACCAUCUAUUUCAUCUUGAUCUGAGUAGCCUCUGCUUGGAUCAAUAUGCAGUAAUGCAUGCAGGUGACCUGUGUGUAUACUUGUAGCAUGGUAUUCACAGAAAUGCUUAGCACUGGACUGAACGGCUUCCAUUGUAAUCAAUAAAAUCAUUUACUUCUGUGGGAGCACAGUUAGGCCCAGGCUGAGUGCAUUUGAAAAUCCCACCCAUACAGUCCCCAUCACUGGAGUAUUACAAACCUUAGUAGAUCAUCCUUGUAAGGUUGGGAAGUAGCAUCGUCUGCACAGAAAGAUGGAAUGACUUGCCUAGUGUCACACAAGGUGUUUGUGGCGGAGCUGAAUCUAGAUCUCCAAAUUCCCAGGACACUGCUGUAACCACAGUGCUGUCUCCUCUACCUGGACUUGUGCAGACUGCAUCUCCAUGUUAAGGAUAGAGAUGGAUAGAGCACUGUCUUUUAUAUCUUUCAAAAGAUAGCUGCUACCUGCUUUAUUUUGUGCAAGUUAAACAUGGCACUUUCUACACCCUUUUGAUUGGGGUAAGUUUGGGCAACCUGUAUUUUUAGAAUACACUAUUCAGUGCAUUUGUACAGGAAUGUAUCUGCACUUCUCAGGGGCUGGUAAAUGAGUAACUUUAAAGAGCUCCCAAGAUUUGUCCAAUUUAUAAUCUCAAACGCAUGCAAAUUCCAGCAUAGUUUUCUUCAUAGGCACCUACAAAAUAAAAAUGAUUUGGCUGACCUCACCAAAAGGUCCAUAUUAGACCUCACUAAAAAUGGGCCAUGAGUCUUUUUGCCCUUCAGGCUAAGAUUGAGUGUGCCAGUGUAGUAAUACCAUCUUUCAAAAGUUUACAUCCUUCCUUUGCAGAGGAAUGGGGUUUAAUGCUUAGUGUUUGCUAGUUCAGGUUUAAAGUUUUACAAACAUGAGAGUGGUAGCUGCAAGCAAACUAAAUAUUUUGGCACAUUUAACAUGCAAUAUACCAGGGCUCAUAAAAGAGCUGUAAAUAAAAUGAUAUGCACUUGGCUUAAUGAAUGUUUGACCUAAUACCUUCCUAAUUCAGUGGGAAGUGGUACAGAAGUGACCAGCAAGGAAAGGGGAUACCAUUGAAUGGUAUUUUGUUGCUAAUUACACAUCAAUAAUAACAGAUAUGCAUGUCAGAUGGUUUCAGCCCAAAGAACUGCCUGCAACUUGCUGGCACAAAUCCACUUUGCCUUGCAAUAUACUCUACUAGAAAUGCUUUAUAUAGAGAGUUGUCCUAGUGCCAAGAACAGCUACAAAACUUAUUUUAUCUUGUCCAUCAGAAGGGGAAAAACAUGUUACUAUCUCAUAGGAAUUCAAAUCAAACAAGCUGGGAACAAUUUUAGUGUCAAAAGAAUUUGCAUCUCAGCCCUAUUAGCACAUAGUACCUCAUCAACAAGUGGUGAUCAGUAAUACUUAGCGCAAAUUACUUAUUUUUAAAAGUUAAAAGGUAUCUGACAGCAACCAUAAGUAAAAUAAAGAAGUUGCAAAUGCAGUAUUUAAAGGGACAGUGUCUGUUAGACACUCUGAUACAUAGGGAUGUUUAGAAAAGUGAGAGAACUUAAAUUUGGCCUCAAAUUUAGUAAAAACAAGCUUUUGUAAAACCUCAGACCAAUGGAAAUGUACAUUUUUAAAGUCCAGUGAAAACAGGUUUUUUUGAUCAGGAACAGUCGCCUUCAGCGGUUGAAACUCUAGAUUUUACAGCACAAAAACUCUGGAAGUGAAACUGACUCAGUGCUCUUCUACAACAGACCUUAACUACAUAUGUGUCUACUUAAAUCUGUGCAACACCCUUGUGCAGACACUUCCUCACCCCUUUCUCUGCUUGAAGCUGGGUCUAUCUCUGCAGUACUCUCAGCCCCAGCAAUGAAAAGUGAGAGGUUGUGUGCAGAAUAAUAGGCGAUUCUCCUGCCCUUUAGAGGCUCAACUUGCUGGUUCGACAGCAUUCCCAGGCCCUUCUACCCAGCAGAACAAGGGGCAAAAUUUAAUUGUCCUUGACAUUCACUUAACUCCUUUUAGUUGGUUUUUCUAGCUGUAAUUCCAUUUGCUUUAGUUGGUUUCUGUCAUAUCCUUAGCAUUCUUUUAACAACUAUGAAUCUUGUCAAGGCUUUUAAUGCUAUUAGGACUAAAAAAACAACAAGUCCAUAUCAACUAAACUGCCAUUGUGUAGAGUAGGUAUUCAAUCUCUUGUAAAAUAAGUGAUGAAUGGCUACGCUGGGUGGAUUUAGAAAUACACCCACACCAAUAACAUGUACUUAGAUCAUCUACUAAUAGCCCCAAAGUAUUAAUGAAAUUCCUGCAUGGAUGUUUUCCUGUUGCACUAUCAUUUAUUAUUAUUUACAGUAUUAACAGGAGUGUCGAAUGUAAGAUAUGGGAGCUAUAAUUGUUGCGCUCUACUUGGCGCUGGAGAGGCCUCACUCACAGUACUAUGUCCAGUUCGGGGCACCACACUUUUAGAAAGAUUUGGACAAAUUAGAGAGAGUCCAGAGGAGAGCAACAAAAAUGAUAAAUUAUUUAGACAACCUGACGUACUGGGAAAGGUUAAUAAAACUGGAUGUGUUUAGUCCUGAGAAAAGAAGACUUGGGGGCGGGGGCUGUGGGGACCUGAUUAAGUCUUCAAAUAUGUA